AUGCAGAAGAAGAUAGAAGAAGCGAGGAAACCAUCAACAUCAAAAAGUGAAAAGGAACAGAAAACAGACGUGAGAUGCUACAAUUGCGGCGAUAAAGGAGACAAAGCUAAAAACUGCAAGAAGAAAGAACUAGACGAUAGCGAGGCGGUAGCGGAUAAAAAGACGACGGUAAUUAAUACGGUUACUGAUGCACCGAGCGAUAGAAUGUGUAAACGAAUCACGAUAAACGAUGUGCGGGUCAAUGCGUUAAUAGAUCCCGGCAGCCAAAUCACAGUAAUGCGCAAAGACAUUUACGAUAGAAUGAAAUUAGACAAGCUACGGAGAAAUAAUAUUCGUUUAACCGGUUUUGGGAAAAACGAAGUACACUCGUUAGGUUGCGUAAAUAUAAUUAUAGAAGUAGAUGCUGAUGAAUAUCCGUGGGUAGUGCACGUGCCAAAUAAAGCUACAAAGUCGAGCAUCAUAAUUGAUAGCGAUUUUCUAGCGACGACGGAAAUGACCAUCAAUAACGAUGGAAUAAUUAUACAAAGAGCAACAUCUGCUCAAUCACAAAUACACAAUAUCACACAAAUAAUUAACACAAAUCAACGUGAUCGAAAAGCAACCGUUAGACAUUGGUGGCGCGACGAAUUCGAAAAAAAAGAGAGUCGAAAAUAUACGGUGUUUGUCACCUCGAACGGUCAAUACCAAUUCCUGAAAGUCCCUUUUGAAUUAUGUAAUUCGCCAAGGGUUUUCCAAAGAUACAUUAAUGCUGCUUUCUGGGAUUUGAUUAGACAAAAUAUAGUGUUGCUUUACGUAGAUGACUUGAUCGUGCCGGCAGCAAACGAACAAGAAGUGUUGGAACGAUUGCGAACCGUAUUGAAAACAGCUAGCGACUACGGUUUGCAAAUUAAUUUUAAGAAGUGUCAAUUCGUGAAAAGAACAAUCGAGUUCUUAGUACACGUAGUAGAAGGGGGCAAAAUUUACCCUUCCCAAGAGAAAGUCAAAGCCGUGAUAGAUUACCCAGAGCCGAAAGAAUUUAAAGACGUUCAAAGCUUUUUUGGAUUAACGGGUUACUUCAGAAAGUUUAUAUCUUCAUAUUCUACGAUCGCGAAACCGUUGAGCGACAUGUUGCGGAAAGAUCAAUCUUAUAAUUUUGAUGAUAAGGCUCGAAACGCGUUCGUACACUUGAGGACGAUUUUAACUCAGAACCCAGUACUGAAAAUAUAUUAUUCGCGACACGAAACGGAAGUACAUACGAACACAAGUAUAGACGGUUAUGGAGCUGUACUACUACAACGUUCAGACGAAGACGAUUUAUUACACCCAGUACAUUUUAUGAGCAAAAAGACGAAAAAGGAGGAAAGGAAUUAUACGAGUUACGAAUUAGAAGCGCUUGCGAUAGUAGAAGCACUUAGAAAAUUCCGAAUAUACCUGCUAGGCAUUCAAUUCAAAAUAAUUACUGAUUGUGCGGCUUUUCAGCGAAGAUGGGCUUUAGUAUUAGAAGAUUAUGAUUACAUCAUAAAGCACAGACCGGGAAACCGUAUGAAACACCGAUGCUUUGAGUUGACAUCCGGUAUGACGAUAGCAAAAAGUCCGAUUAUACCACAAAUUAGGAGUCAACAAGCGAACGAAGAGAUUCAAGCGAUAAAAGAAAUUGUCAAAAACAAACCAUAUAAGAAUUACCACAUAAGCGGCGAUUUAUUAUACAAAUUUCAAGACAGUAGAGAUUUACUUGUUAUUCCCAGAACGCUAAAAUUAGACGUAAUUUGA